GUGACCUCUCAGCAGCCCCUUUCUCUCUCCUUUAUAUUACCGUACGGUCGUUACACGCUUCUGGGUCCCACCUAACGUACACAAAUUUCCAACUUCCGUAAAAUUAAUAAAUUAAAAUAACCCACGACAGCUUACCGUACCACGGUCCAAAAUUAUAACCAAUACUAUUCCGCCACCUCAUCAAUUAGAAACUUCCCGUAGUCUUGCUUGUACGUGAUCCCGCCCUCCUUCCUCUUCCCCAAUUCUCUCCUCCCUGUAAAAACAACUCCAUAAUCCCACAAAACCCGAGAAAUCAGAACACGAGAGAGAGAGGAGGAAGAACAACAGUAGAACACCAUGAUGGAUUGGGUCGGCAAUUCCGGUUCGGGUCAGAUCCAAACGCUCUCCAAAUCCGCCCACCAUCCUCUCCUCCGUCUCCGCCUCCUCUUCCUCUUCGUCCCAACUUAGACUCCGCUUUCUCAAUUCUUCAAAUCUCUGUUGUUUUCACUUUGUUUCUUCAAAAUCCGCUAAUGCCUUCACCAUUUCCACUUCUCCUCAACUUCCCCGAUGAAAUCCUCAUCCGUCUCCGCCGAUAUCUCACCGACGACUCCGAUUCCAGAUCCUGGCGGCUCGUCUGCAAGGACUUCUACCGCGUCGAUUUAAUCUCCCGCACAACUCUGCGAGUCCGUCGAAUUGAGUUUCUCUCCAGUUUAAUCGCCAAGUUUGAAGCUAUCGAUGAGUUGGAUCUGUCGAUUUGCCCUCGGAUUAACGAUGGGACGGUCUCGAUCUUUCUGGGUCUUGGGUUUUCAAGGCUGAGAAGUUUGAUUCUAAGCCGAUCGUCGGGGUUGAGCUACAUGGGGUUGGAGAGGCUGAUGCGGGCCUGCACGGGGCUGGAAAUGGUCGACAUGUCGUACAGUUGGGGGUUUGGGGAUAGGGAAGCGGCGGCAGUGUCGAAUUGUGCGGAGUUGAAGGAGGUGAGGUUGGAUAAGUGUUUGGGGGUUACGGAUGUGGGUUUGGCGAGGAUUGUUGUUGGCUGUGGGAGGUUAGAGAGGCUUAGUUUGAAGUGGUGCUUGCAGGUUUCUGAUCUUGGUGUUGAGCUUUUGUGUAAGAAGUGCUUCGAUUUGCGGGUUCUUGAUUUGUCUUAUCUCAAGGUGACAAAUGAAUCACUACGUGCAGUAGCUUCUUUGCCAAAGCUUGAGGUCUUAAUUAUGGUGGGCUGUCUUUCAGUUGACGAUCUUGGUUUGCAAUAUCUUGAACACGGGUGCCCAUCUCUAAAGGAACUUGAUAUUUCAAGAUGUGAUGGCAUUAGACCAUAUGGCUUAACAUCUGUUUUAAGAGGUCAUGAUGGUCUUGAACAACUUGAUGCAAGCUACUGCUUCUCUGAGCUCUCCACAGAUUCUCUUUACUGGCUGAGGAACCUGAAGUGUCUAAAAGCAAUUAGGCUUGAUGGUACUCAACUCUCGAGUGCGUUUUUCGACGUGAUCAGCGUCCACGGCAAGUAUUUGGUGGAACUUGGGUUGAGCAAAUGCAACGGAGUAACUGAUGCAAACAUAAUUCAGCUGAUCACUCGCUGUAUUGGCUUGAAAGUUCUUAAUUUAACAUGUUGCCACUCCAUCACCGAUGCGGCGAUAUCUUCAAUGGCUGGCUUGUGCCAGAAACUCAUGUCGCUGAAGUUAGAAUCAUGCAACAUGAUCACUGAAAGAAGUCUUGAUCGGCUUGGGUUAUAUUGCUCAUUACUAGAGGAGCUUGAUCUUACUGAUUGUUGUGGUGUGAAUGACAAGGGACUUGAAUGCUUAUCAAAAUGUUCACAAUUGCUAAGCUUGAAACUAGGAUUGUGCACAAACAUAACAGACACAGGGUUGAUCAAGAUUGCUCGCAACUGCAAAAGGAUUUAUGAACUCGAUUUGUACCGUUGUCUGGGAAUUGGGGAUGCCGGAUUAGAAGCUCUAUCAACUGGGUGCAAGAGAUUGACGAAACUAAACUUGUCAUACUGUAAUAAGGUUACGGAUAGAGGAAUCGAGUGCGUCGGCCAGCUCGAAGAACUCUGCAGCCUAGAAGUACGUGGGCUUCAGAAUGUCACAAGCGUAGGUUUGACAGCAGUGGCAUUUGGUUGUAAAAGAUUAGUAGAUUUGGACAUGAAACAAUGCCAGAAUGUGGAUGACUCUGGCUUUUGGGCACUUGGCUCCUAUGCUCGGAAUUUGCGUCAGUUAAAUGUGGGGUGUUGUGGUGUAUCAGACGUGGGAUUAUGCAUGAUGAUGGGGAACCUUUCAUGCCUUCAGGAUGCCAAGCUGGUGACCCUUAAUAAAGUUUCAGUGCGAGGGUUCGAGCUAGCACUCAGGGCCUGCUGCCUCCGGGUCAAGAAAGUCAAGCUGCACGCAUCUCUCAGGUUUAUGCUCUCCUCAGAGAUACUUGAAAUUUUAAAUGCUUGGGGUUGCAAGAUUAGAUGGGAUUAGAGCGAUUUGAGAAGGAAGCAGUUUCAUGCAUGUUUGUUUGUCAUGUUCAAUGCCAAUGUGUGCAUAUCAAAUUCAAUGCCAGAAUUGGCCUACUGGGUAGCUUCUUAAUACCAUUGCUUGCUUUAUAUUGAACUAUUUGUUCCCAUCAAUGCUGUGGGAUUGAAAUAAUGAUGAGUCUGAAAGCAUUUUAUGUUAAA